AUUAUAUAUUAUUCAAUGCCAGCAAAAAAGAGAACCACUAGAAUCGGAAAUUGGUACAAAUCAGAUGAUGAGAAAGUCCACUUCGUUAGAAGAAGAAAAGUAAUACAGAUAUUAAAUGAAUAAAGGCUCCAAGACCAUCUCAAUUGAGAAAAAUUAGUCCAGGAUAGGUGUUAAUCUUAUUGGCUGGUAGAUUUUAAGGCAAGAGAGUUGUCUUUUUGAAGCAACUUAAAUCAGGACUCUUACUUGUCACAGGACCAUUCAAAAUCAAUGGUGUACCACUUAAGAGAGUGAAUUAAGCAUAUGUUAUCCCAACAUCAACAAAAGUUGAUAUUAAGGGAGUCGAUGCUAGCAAAAUCGAAGAUGAGUACUUCAAGAGAACCGAAGCAUAAAGAAGAAAGAAUGAAAAAGGAUUUUGGGCUAAAAGAGGAGAAGUAUAAAAGUUAUUGAUUAUUAAGUUAACUGAAGAAUAAUAAGUGGCUGAGAAAAAGAGAUUGGACGAGAAAAGAAAGACUCAAAAAUCAAUUGAUGAUGCAUUGGUUGCUACAAUUAGAAAGACAUCAUUGUUGAAACAAUAUUUGGGAGCUCGUUUCAGCAUUGGAAAAACAACAAGACCUCACGAUUUAAUCUUUUGAGAUUUAAGUACAAUAUUAUAAAUAUGUUAUAAAUGUUUG